AUGGCUCUCCUGUCCGUCCUCACGCCCUUCCUGGCGGUGAUCCUGUGCUUGGUGAUUGGCUUCUUGCUGGUGAAAUCGCGGCAGACGGAGACCACCCCGAAAGAUAAAGGGGGGUCGGCAGCUGGCUUUAGACCGUGGGUGGACCAGGAUUUACAGGACGACACAGAAGCCACGGGGAGAGACGAGGAGGAUGGUGAUUGGGUGGACAGCAAUCGGGAGGAAGACCAUCCCCAUGUGCCCUACUCAUCACCACGUUACCCUGAGGAGACGAUGCUGGUGAGAUCCAAGGAUUUGUACAAUCUGUUGAACCAGCGGAGGUCUGUCCGAUUCAUCAGCCCAGAGCCGGUCCCACGAGAGGUUAUCGAUAAUGUCAUCCGCACUGCAGGUACGGCCCCGAGUGGCGCACACACAGAGCCCUGGACGUUCGUCGUGGUGUCAGACCCAGAGACGAAGCACCAGAUCAGACAGAUAGUGGAAGAAGAGGAGGAGGUCAACUACCGUCAGAGAAUGGGGGACAAGUGGGUCAAUGAUUUGGCCAAAUUAAGAACAAACUGGAUGAAAGAGUAUUUGGAUGUUGCUCCAUACCUGGUCCUCAUCUUCAAACAGACCUAUGGGAUUCUCCCCAAUGGCAAGAAAAAGACACAUUACUACAAUGAAAUCAGUGUCUCCAUAUCCUGUGGGAUCCUGCUGGCUGCAUUACAGAACGUGGGCCUUGUUACCGUCACUUCAACGCCCCUGAACUGCGGCCCCCAGCUCAGGCUCCUCCUCAAACGGCCAGCCAACGAGAAGCUGCUGAUGCUACUUCCUGUAGGUUAUCCUGCUUCUGAUGCCACAGUGCCUGACUUGAAACGCAAGCCUCUGUGUGAUAUUAUGGUGCACAUAUGAGAGAAUCAAUCUGCAGAGAAAAUAAAAUGCAAAAAGCUUGAAAUACUUUUUGUCUUCAUCGCCUUUCA